AUGGCAUUUCCUGACCUCCUGGAGCAAGUGGGGGACCUGGGCAGGUUCCAGGUACUCCAGACAGUGGCCCUGGUGGUCCCGGUCAUGUGGCUUACCACUCAGAACAUGCUGGAGAACUUCUCGGCUGCUGUGCCCAGCCACCGCUGCUGGACACCCCUUCUGGACAACAGCACAGCCCACGCCAGCAUCCCCGGGGCCCUGAGUUCUGAGGCGCUCCUGGCCGUGUCCAUCCCACUGGGCCCCGACCAGCAGCCUCACCACUGCCUCCGCUUCCGGGAACCACAGUGGCAGCUUCUGGACCCCAACGUCACAGCUGCCAACUGGAGCGAGGCUGCCAUGGAGCCGUGCGUGGAUGGCUGGGUCUAUGACCGCAGCACAUUCACCUCUACCAUUGUGACCACGUGGGACCUGGUGUGUGACUCUCAGGCCCUGAAGGCCAUGGCCCAGUCCAUCUACCUGGCCGGGAUCCUGGUGGGAGCUGCAGUGUGUGGCCACGCUUCGGACAGGUUCGGACGCAGGAUGGUGUUGACCUGGAGCUACCUUCAGGCAGCUGUGUCGGGCACGGUGGCCGCCUUUGUCCCCGCCUUCCCCCUGUACUGCCUGUUCCGUUUCCUGGCGGCCUUUGCUGUGGCUGGUGUCAUGAUGAACACGAACAGUCUCCUGAUAGAGUGGACAUCAGCUCAGUCCCGCACCCUGAUGGUGACCUUGAACUCUCUGGGUUUCACUUUUGGCCAGGCUCUGAUGGCUGCCAUGGCUUACAGUGUCCGCAACUGGCCCCUGCUGCAGCUAGCGGUCUCCGCUCCUUUUUUCCUCUGCUUUGUAUACUCAUGGUGGGUGCUGUGCCUACCAGAGUCAGCUAGAUGGCUCCUCACCAUUGGCAAGCUGGACCAGGGCCUGCAGGAGCUGCAGAGGGUGGCUGCCAUCAACGGGAGGAGGGCAGUGAGAGACACACUGACCAAGGAGGCCUUGCUGUCAGCCAUGCAGGAGGAGCUAAGUGGGGCCCAGGCUCCUGCCAGGAUAAGCACCCCGCUCUGCACGCCUGGGCUGUGCCUCAGGACCUGGGUCUGCAUGCUGUGCUGGUUUGCUGUUGGCUUCACCUUCUACGGCCUGGCCCUGGACCUGCAGGCCCUAGGCAGCAAUAUCUUCCUGCUCCAGGUCCUCAUCGCAGUGGUGGACCUCCCAGCCAAGAUGGGCUCCCUGCUGCUGCUCAGCUGCCUGGGCCGCCGCCCCUUCCAGGUUGGCUCGCUGGUGCUGGCGGGGCUCUGUGUCCUGGGCAACACGUUGGUGCCCCACGAGAUGGGGGCCCUGCGUCCGGCCCUGUCUCUGCUGGGGCUGGGAGGGCUGGGGGCUGCCUUCACCUGUGCCAGCAUCUUCAGUGGUGAGCUCUUCCCCACCGUGCUCAGGAUGACUGCAGUGGGCCUGUGCCAGGUGGCAAUGCGAGGGGGAGCCAUCUUGGGGCCUCUGGUCCGGCUGCUGGGCAUCUAUGGCUCCUCGCUGCCCCUGCUGGUGUAUGGGAUAGUGCCAGUGCUGAGUGGCCUGGCUGCACUGCUACUGCCUGAGACCAAAGGUCUACCACUUCCUGACACCAUCCAAGAUGUGCAGGACCAGGUAGUAAAGAAGGCAACACCUAGCACACUGGGGCACUCUGUGCUGAAGUCCACAGGGUUCUAG